AUGGAGCAAAAAGAUGCUGCUGAUAAAACAGACAAUGCCUCUCCAGUCUUGGUGUCAGUUCCCUCUAUUCAAGCUUGGGUUCAUGAUUUCCAUCCCAGCUAUUCCGCUCAGACUGGAGGCAGUGUGGUCGCGCCUUCCAUCAUCGGCUCUACGGUUGAAGGCAGCAUAAACAUCAAUAUCAUCUCAAUAGCCCAAGAAGAAGCAUUAAACCGUGACAUUGAAGACAUCUGUGUGGCUCUACAGCCACAAAAUAAUAAGAUUGUAGGAUGUCAAAAGAAACUAAAAUGUACUCUAAAGAGGAGGUUUGGCCAUUUGCAUCAAGGGACGGCAAAAGAAGCAAAAAAAAUCUCACUCAAAAAGAUCUACACAGAACUCUACAUCACCGAGGGAGGAAGUGGGGAAGUCAAUAAAGAGCAUGAGGUGAGACAGAUCGAGAUGACAUCCAGGAUGCAGGUGGCCCACGAGAAAUCAAUCAGCUGCAACGACCUCUAUGCUCUACAGGAACAAAACCACCCGAUAAGAACUGUGAUCACAAGAGGAGUCGCUGGCAUCGGAAAAACCGUAUCUAUCAAAAAAUUUACUCUAGACUGGGCUGAGGAGAGAGCAAACACACACCUGGAAUUUGUAUUUCCCUUCUGUUUCCGAGAGCUGAACCGGAUGAAAAAGGAGUGGAGUCUAGUGGAGCUUGUCUGUGCCUUUUACCCUGAAACAAAAGACACAGGAAUCUUUAGCAAUGGUGGAAACAAAAUGCUCUUCAUCCUGGAUGGCCUGGACGAGAGCCGUCUAUCUUUGGACUUCCACAACAGUGAGAUAAUGCCUGAUGUGACACAGCAAACCACCAUAGCUGUGCUUCUGACCAACCUCAUCAGGGGAUCACUGCUUCCUUUGGCACUUGUUUGGAUAACAUCCCGCCCAGUAGCUUCCAGUCAGAUCCCUCUGGAGCACAUUGAUCUUGUGACAGAAGUCCGCGGGUUCAACAACCCCCAGAAAGACGAGUACUUCAAGAGGAAAAUAAGUGAUGAGGGCUUAGCAAACAGGGUAAUCACACAUGUGAAAUCCUGCAGGAGUCUCCACAUCAUGUGCCACAUACCAGUUUUCUGUUGUAUGGCAGCAACUGUUCUUGAGAAGAAGUUGGCGAAAGCAGACAGCAAAGACACACCAAAGACUCUCACUCAAAUGUACAUCCACUUCUUGUCCUUGUAUGUGGACAGCACGAACAAGAGCCCGCCUGUAAGAAGAGAGUCAAACGCUGACUACAUGAGAGAUAACCUCAUCUCUUUGGGUAAACUGGCCUUUAAAGAGCUGGAGAAAGGUCACCUGAUCUUCUAUGAGAGCGACCUUAAGCGAAACGGUAUAGAUGUCGCACAGGCAUCGAUGUUCUCAGGGGUCUACACAGAGAUCUUCAAUGAGGAGCUGACACUGGGCGAGGAGAAGAUGUUCUGCUUUGUACAUCUGAGCGUCCAGGAGUUCUUUGCUGCGUUGUAUGUUUUUCUCACAUUCAACAACGACAACUUGAACGUCUUGGUCAAGAAGUCAUCCGUGUCAAGACGUUUCCCAUUCAGAGAUUCGUCAGAGCUCAUUCUCUACAAAGAAGCAGUGGAAAAGGCUUUGCGGUGCGAGAAUGGACAUUUUGACAUCUUCCUGCGCUUUCUUUUGGGCCUGUCUCUGGAGUCCAAUCAGAGACUGUUGAAACAUCUUAUGACCAACAACAGAACAAACCCAAAGACAAGAACAGAGAUCAUCAAACACAUCAAGGAGAAGAUCAAGUCAAGCCCAUCCCCGGACAGAUGCCUCAAUCUGUUUCACUGCCUGAAUGAGCUGAACGACCACUCUCUGGUGGAGGAGAUUCAGAGCUUUCUCAGCUCAGGAAGUCUGAACAGAGACAAACUCUCACCUUCCCAGUGGGCCACUCUGGUGUUUGUGUUACUGACUUCAGAGGAGGAGUUGAGUGUGUUUGAACUGAGCAACUACACCAGGUCAGAGGAAGCUCUCCUGAGGCUGCUUCCUGUCAUGAAAACAGCCAGAGUAGCAAAUCUAAAUGCAUGUUACCUCACUGCAAAGUGCUGUGACAGGUUGGCCAACAGCAUCACCUCAUCCAAAGUUAGAGAGCUGGACCUGAGUAACAACAACCUGACAGAUGCAGGACUGAAGCAGCUCUCUACUGGACUGAAAAACAGCAAACUACAGACAUUCAGACUGAAGAGCUGCAACCUAACAGCAGACAGCUCUGAAGUCCUGGUCUCAGUUAUCAGCUCAGCCUCCUGCCAACUGAAAGAGCUGGACCUCACUGACAAUGACUUUCUGGAUGUUGGAGUCAAAAAGCUCUCUGGUGGAUUGGGGAGUCCUCACUGUAAAGUGGAAAAACUCAUUCUGUCCCUAUGCAGAGUGACAGAGGAAGGCUGCAUUUUCCUGGGAUCUGCUCUAAACUCCUCCCGUCUGAGAGAGCUCGACCUGAGCUACAACCACCCAGGUGACGCAGGCCUGGAGCUGCUGUCCGCCCUGCUGGAUGACCCACAAUGCAGUCUUGAGAAACUCAGUGUCGAACAAUGUGGUGAAUCCAGAGUUCAGCCGGGUCCCAAGAAAUACACCAGUCAACUCACCCUGGACCCAAACACAGCUCACAUAGACCUCACUCUGGCCGAAGGGAACAGGAAAGCAACACGGUGGACCAAGCAGCCAUAUGCAGAUCACCCUGAAAGAUUCGAUUUCUCGAGACAGGUGUUGUGCAAGGAGGGUCUGACAGGACGCUGUUACUGGGAGACGGAGUGGAGCGGAAGAGCUUUAAUAGGUGUGGCCUAUAGACGAAUGUGCAGGAAGGGAGAGGGUGAUGAAUGCAGGUUAGGCCGAAAUAACUCUUCCUGGGGCCUGAACUGCAACAAGGAUGGUUACAGAGCUUUUCACAAAGGUGUAAGCAUUGUCAUAAACAUCCCAUCCAGCUCCAAUAAGGUGGGAGUCUAUCUGGACUGGUCAGCAGGGACCGUGUCCUUCUUCAGGGUCUCUUGUGGUGCACUGACUCUCCUCCACACCUUCCACACCACCUUCACCGAACCUGUGUACCCAGGGUUUCAUCUUGGCUGGGUGGACUCCACAGUGUACCUAUGCUAAACAUGAUCUUCAGUGGAACCUCAUUUUGCCCCUACUUACACUGAAGACUUCUCACAUGAUGCUGUAUUUUCUUUCCUCUACUGCAUUUGAGCCUGAAACUUCAUUCAAGGAUCAGUUCAUCCAAACAACAAAAAAAAAAAAAACACAAUUUUUUUCAUCUAUAUUAGUCUUUAGCCACAUUUUAGGUUUAUUUGACCAGAUUUUGUGGUAUCAGUCCACCCCAAUACUGACGCCAGAGGCACAACAUUAAGUCUGCAACCAAACAAGUUUUUAAAAUCUAUCUAUUAUUAUUGAUUAAUGUGCUAUGUAUUUUCUUGAGAAAUGGAUUGUUCGUUUAGUCUAUGAAUUAUUAUUUUUUUAAAGUUCAAGGUGACGUCUUUAAAUGUCUUUUUUUG